AUGCGCGACAAGAAGAAUCGUCCGGAUCAACAAUCAGCUUUGUCAAGAGGUGUGCUGUCAUUCCUCUUAACUCUUGGUUUCUGUUUGGCUGUAACUGGUGUUUUGGGCUGCGUCGGUGCUUUGAGAGAGCACGUUAAAGUACUUUAUGUGCAUGCUUGCUUCUUCAUAUUCCUGGUAUCAGUCGAGCUGGUGGUAGGAGUCGGAGGGGCGGUCCUUAGCGCUUGGGUCGGCGGGAGCAACGAACUACGAAUGCAAUUUUACAAAAACGCUACCGUGGAAGACGAAGUAUCGAAACAUCACAAUUUCUGGGACAGCUUACAGUCCGAGAAUAAAUGUUGUGGCGUGGACGGUCCCCAAGAUUACGCCAUACUGCAUCGAGACAUUCCGGCCUCAUGCUGCGCCCGAGCUUAUCCUCUCCGCGAGGGUGGAGCCCGUCGACAUUUGUACGCUACCUGUAUUUCGGAAAGGACAUACUACAAGGCAGGUUGCGAAGAGGCUCUCCGACAGAAGAAAACCAUGAAAGGAAACAUUUUUAUUAGUACAGGAAUCGUUUUCGCUUUAUUGGAGAUAUUCUGCAUUGUCUUGGCUUUGUGGAUGGCUAGAACUAUAAGAGUCGAACGUCGGAAGCUACAACAAAAUUUACAAGCACAUUUCGAAACAUAA